ACCCGGCGAGUCCGGGGCAGUUGGCGUCAUGGAAGUGGUGAAGUGUCCGGAGCACGGGACCGGCUGCUUCUUAAAGACCGGCGUCCGCGAUGGCCCGAAUAAGGGAAAGAGCUUCUAUGUGUGCCAGACGAACACGUGCGGCUUCGUGCGGGCCACCGAUAUUCCUGUUUCUCAUUGUUUAUUGCAUGAGGACUUCGCGGUAGAGCUUCAGGGCUUGUUUCUGUCACAGAACAAGAAAGAAUGGAGGUUGUUCUUCCGGUGCACUAGAAGCAAGGCGAAGGGGAAGCGCUGGUGUGGGGACGUCCCGUGGCAGGAUCCUAAUCCUAGAGAACAUCAUGGAACCAGCAAGCCUCCGCAGGCAUCUGUUUUAUUUUCUCAUUCUCCCAGCCAGCCAAGAAACCCAUUCAAGGUGCUUAAUAAUCAAAAAGCAGCUCCCUGGAAGCAGUUGGUCACAGGAGAAGGUGAGAGAAAGACAGGUAACAAGAAGCUGACAGAAAACGAAGACCAGCCCUGUGAUCAAAAGAAAGAACAGAAACCCAAGUCUAACUGCAGCGUGGGGAAAGUCCCCUCCCCUGACCUGGUGACAGAAAGACAGUCUGGCGGUGUCAGGAAAGAACAAGAGGAGAAACUUCAGUCCCAAACUAAGAAGACUGAAGGAAUGGCUUCCAAGCAAGGCCAUGGAGAUGCCCUUCAACAAACAUGCGUGGUUCCUCAGAUGUCAGCGAGUGAGAGUCGAGAUGUCCCAGACAUGCCAGAACCUCUGAGAGGAAAGGAAACCCAGCCUUUGCCUCAGAGCGUUCCUGGUCAGAACCCAAAAAGCAAGGCCCAGAAAGAAGGACACUUCAGCAGGGAGCAGUUCAGGAAUGGGGAGGCCCAAAGCAGAACAGGGACAGAUACCUCCAGAGCACAGGCCUCCCGGGAAGGAGCUCCUGGGCUUUGCUUGGGGAAGGUCCGCUAUGCUGUCUCCAGCAGCGAUGACAGUGAGGAAGAAGAUGGUGUAUCCAGUAGGCCUGAGUCCCCACUUCUCUUUGACUUGCCUGUGGACUCACAGAAGAGGGGGAACCUUUACCUUUCUGAUCAGUGUGUGCAAAGGCAGAUACCUGCUGCCUCAGGUGUCUCCAAGAAGGGCGAGUCUUCUGACCCAGCAGCCCAGCGUGCAAACCUUAUAACACAGCUGAGGCAAAAGAAGGGCACGCUGGCUGCAGUGAAUAUCCAGGCUCUCCCUGACAAGGGUGAGAAGUUGCUGAAGCAAAUCCAGGCAUUGGAGGAUGACCUCAGUGCCCUGGCUCUCUCCCCAGAUCAAGGAGCUAAGGAGAACUGUAGCUCUCGGGAACCACAGCAGAGUGACCGCACCAAAACUGUUGCUGAGCCUCCACGCUCUGUGCCUCCCCAGCCCCUUCCCACUCAGGAUGGCCAGCUUGCAGGCUCUCUAGGACUAAAGGCAGGCUGCCAGGGCACUCCUGAAGGAUCAAGCCAGUACUCAAGAGGCAAUAUGAACCAACAUCGCCUUUAUAAUGUAUGGAAGAUCACAAGUGAAGCCAUUGAUGAACUGCAUCGGUCACUGGAGUCUUGUCCUGAUGAAACAGCAGUGGCAGAAGACCCAGCUGGCUUGAAGGUCCCUUUGCUUCUCCACCAGAAGCAGGCAUUAGCAUGGUUACUGUGGCGGGAAAGUCAGAAACCACAAGGAGGGAUUCUGGCGGAUGAUAUGGGCUUAGGAAAAACCCUGACAAUGAUUGCACUCAUCCUAACCAAGAAGAAUCAGGAGAAAAGCAAGGAAGAGGACAGAAGCAUGACUGUGACGUGGCUUUCCAAGAAUGACUCCUCUGUUUUUACCUCCAACGGAACACUAAUUGUCUGCCCCGCUUCCCUGAUCCAUCACUGGGAGAAAGAAGUAAAGAAACGUGUGCACAGCAACAAACUCAGAAUCUGUCUCUACCAUGGGCCAAACAGAAGUCGGCAAGCCAGAGUCCUCUCUACAUACGACAUCGUGAUUACUACUUACAGCCUUCUGGCCAAGGAGAUUCCCACAACGAAGCAAGAGGGAGAGGUCCCAGGUUCAAACCUCAGUGUGGAGGGCAUCUCAGCACCUUUGCUUCAAGUAGUCUGGGCUCGAAUCAUAUUGGAUGAAGCUCAUAACGUGAAGAACCCUCGAGUCCAGACAUCCAUUGCUGUGUGUAAGCUACAAGCUCAAGCCCGGUGGGCUGUCACGGGAACCCCUAUUCAGAACAACCUGUUGGAUAUGUAUUCACUAUUGAAGUUUCUCCGCUGUUCCCCGUUUGAUGAGUUCAGUCUUUGGAAGAGUCAGGUUGACAAUGGUUCAGUGAAAGGAGGAGAACGGUUAAGCAUUUUAACCAGGAGCCUUUUGCUAAGGAGAACAAAAGACCAACUGGACUCCACCGGUAAACCUUUGGUGCCGCUGCCCCAGCGUAGAUUUCAGCUGCACCGUUUAAAGCUUUCUGAGGACGAACGGGAUGUUUAUGACGUCUUUCUUGCAAGGUCCAGGUCAGCUCUGCAGUCCUAUCUAAAGAGACAUGAAGGAAGAGGCAGCCACCCUGGAAGAAGCCCUGAUAAUCCAUUCAGUAGAGUGGCGCAGGAGUUUGAGUCCAGUGUGCCCCAGUGCUCCACUCCAGCAGACUCACUGAGACCCAGCACCGUGCACGUCCUGUCCCAGCUUCUGCGACUCCGCCAGUGCUGCUGCCACCUCUCUCUGCUGAAGUCGGCCCUGGACCCGACAGAACUGGAGAGUGAAGGCCUCAGCCUGUCCCUGGAAGAGCAGCUCAGCGCUCUGACCCUGUCCCAAGUCGAGGUCUCAGAGCCGUCAGCCAUCGUGUGUCUUAAUGGCGCAUCCUUCAAGGUGGAGCUUUUUGACAACACACGAAGGAGCACCAAGGUGUCUUCUCUGCUGGCAGAACUGGAGGCAAUCCAAAAAGGCCCAGGGCUCCAAAAGAGUGUUAUUGUCUCUCAGUGGACCAGCAUGCUGCAAGUGGUAGCUCUGCACCUCAAGAAGCACAGACUGACUUACGCCACUAUUGACGGCUCCGUCAACCCCAAACAGAGAAUGGACCUGGUGGAGGCAUUCAACCACUCCCAGGAGCCUCAGGUCAUGCUAAUCUCCCUCUUGGCUGGCGGUGUGGGACUCAAUCUGACCGGAGGGAACCACCUCUUCCUCUUGGACAUGCACUGGAACCCCUCACUUGAAGACCAAGCAUGUGACCGAAUCUACAGAGUAGGACAGGAGAAAGAUGUCGUCAUACACAGGUUCGUCUGUGAGGACACAGUGGAAGAGAAGAUCUUACAGCUCCAAGAAAAAAAGAAAGAUUUGGCCAAACAAGUCCUAUCGGGAUCUGGAGCAUCUGUCACCAAGCUCACACUGGCUGACCUCAAGAUCCUCUUUGGCAUCUAGCUCCCUCUGCUGGUGCUGCUAUGCACUAGGCUCUGGGUGGAGCUUUUUCAUGGUCCUGGAGCCUUAGAUCUCAUUUUACCUAAACUGAGGCAUAUUCCUAUGCCAGAGAUCGAGGGGGAGGCCACCAUGUUAAGCUGGUUAGUCCAUCAUGUUUAUCACUCUGCUUGUUUAACGUGUGCUAUAGAAACCAGUUGGUUAUUUCAGAUUUGAGCCUAGCAUGUUGGCAUAUGCCUAUAAUCCCAGCCCUUGUGAAGCAAGCGGAUGGAGAGUUCCAGGCCAGCCUGAGUUAGAGACUCUCAAAGCACAGAAGUGCUGUGGAAGCCAAUCCUAGUCAAUAUUUCCAGCACUCAAGAGGCUGUGGCAGGAUUGUGAGUUCGAGGCCAGCUUAUGCUACAGGGUAAAUUCCAGGCCUACCUGGGCUACAGAGUGAGACCAAGUCUCUAAAAAAACCAAACCAAACCCAUGAAAGCUUUGGCGUUAGCUGGUCUGGGAAGAUAAGUCUGGAAGAACUGUACGAACGCGUUGGUAAAGCUCAACAGGUCAUCACAGGCCUGGUGACAAGUGCUUAUAAUCCCAGCACUUUGGAGGCAAAGGCAAGCAGCUCUUGAGUCUGAGGUUCUUUGGCAGCCUUAAUUACAUGGUGAGACCCUGUCUGUCAAACAGCCCCAGAGCCCUGUGUUGCCAUCUCAGCUGAUAGGAGACCUGAUCUUCAUUACCUUCUCUAUGUAGGCUCUGUGCUGUCUUCUUGCUGGCAGGCUUCUCCUCAUAAGCCUCUCUGUGAGCAGGAAAGAGGGAAGAGCCUGCAGCCAGUCAUCUCCUCGGGCUUGGGGUCAGGAUAUUUUGCACAUAAACAGAUGCUGAGUAUUUAUCAUGUAUCAUCUAGCCUCUGUCAUUUAGCCUGUGCGUCAUUGUUUCAUUUAGGAGUCUAUCAACAUCAGUGUGACUGUCACCCAGGGCCAUCGCUGAAUCAUUUAGUAUUUGUUCCCGUUGGUAUCAGGAUUUCUAUCAUGUAGUAUUUGUAUUAUUUAAUGUUGAUAUCAACUUAUGUUACCGCUAGCAUUUACUAUUGUAUUAUUUGGUUUAUACCAUUCUACCACAUUGUAUGAUCAUGGGUAUCAUCUAAUAAAUGUGUUCAACAAUGUCACA